AUGGAUACAUAUAAGAAGAAUGAUAAUGAAAAUGAUUACAAAUAUUAUGUAUUACAAAUAGGAAGAAAAUAUACAUACGUAGGCUUGUGCGGGCUUCACAAGCCAAUAUCCGUUUUUGUAACUCCAAACAUUUUUGUAUACAAUGAAAAGUUUCAUAAUUUUGUUGAAGAUACCUACAAGGUUAAUGAAAUGAUGGAUUAUAUAAAUAGAAAAAGGGAAGAACAAUACCAAAAUGAGAAAUCGGAAAAAAUGUUGGAUGUAAGUAAGGAUCAAUCCAAAGAAGAUAUAAAAAUUGUAACGGAUAAUCAAACAGAUGAAUGUCUUGAUAAAUACCAAAGUAGUGAUAAUUUAGAUUAUAAUAAUGAAGAAUUUGUAUGUGAUACGAAUAAUAUAUAUGAGAAUAAAAAAUUUUGUGAUAACGAAAAGAAACAUAAUAAGAUGAAGAUAUAUCAUUACGAAUAUAAAUAUAAUCAAGACUUAUAUUUAUGGAGAACAUAUUUUGAUGAAUAUAUAUUUCAUAUAUUUCAUAAUAUUUUUAUAAAAACAAAUAAUAAAUCAAAAAAAGUUAUACUUGUAUUAAAUAUGUUUAUACCUACUAUUAUAAAAUAUGCUCUCUGCAUAUCUCUUAUAGAAAAUCCUGAAUAUGCCUGUAUAUCAUAUAUUAACGAUUUAAUAUCUCCUUUAUAUUUAUGUAAUUAUAAAACGUGUGUGGUGAUCGACCUUGGUUAUAUUAACUGCAGAAUUUUACCAAUAAUGGACGGUGUACCUUUAUAUCAUCAUUAUACUUAUGUAAAUAAUGGGGGAUUCUAUAUUAAUCAAGAAAUAAAAAAAUUAUUAAAGGAGCAAUAUAUAAGUAGAUAUAAAAAGAGGGAAAAUAUAAUAUCCACCAAUGGUGAUAUGAAAUUAUGUCUGGGAAAUUAUGAUAAUAGUAAGGAUGAUGAUAAUAAAAAUGAUGAUAAUAAAAAUGAUGAUAAUAAAAAUGAUGAUAAUAAAAAUGAUGAUAACAAAAAUGAUGAUAAUAAAAAUGAUGAUAAUAAAAAUGAUGAUAAUAAAAAUGAUGAUAAUAAAAAUGAUGAUAACAAAAAUGAUGAUAAUAAAAAUGAUGAUAACAAAAAUGAUGAUAAUAAUAAUGAUAAUAAUAAUAUGAACUAUUAUUUAAAUUUAUAUCCUCUAGAAGAAAUAAUUAACGUUAUUAAUAAUAUGACAGAUGAUGAUAUAGAAAUUAUAAAAAUAAAAUAUUGUUAUAUAAAAAAGGAUAGUGAAAAUAUACCAUGUAAUAAAUAUGUAUUAUAUAAAUAUAAUAAUUAUGAUAUAAUUAUAGAUCCUUAUACUAGAUAUAAAGCUUGUGAAAUAUUAUUUGAAAAAGAAUAUGAUCAAAAUAUGUACUCCUUAUUUUCUAGUAUAGUACAAAAAAUUAAUAUAUUUGAAACAUAUAUAUUUUCAAAUAUAUUAUUAGUAGGUGGUUGUAGUAAUAUUAAAGGUAUUUUAUCCAGGGUUGCUCAAAUAUUUUCUCAAGUAUUAAGAA